CAGCUCUCUGAUGUAAUGACAUGUUUAUCUUGUUCCGUCUCCUCCUUCUCUUUGUAUAGGGCCUUGGCUAGGAUUGGUAACUCGUACUUCAAGCAGGAACAAUACAAAGAAGCAGUUCAGUAUUUCAACAAGAGUUUGACGGAGCACCGUACUCCGGAUGUCUUGAAGAAGUGCCAACAGGCGGAGAAGAUAUUAAAGGAGGAGGCAAAAGUAGCCUAUAUCAACCCCGAUUUAGCCCUGGAAUCGAAGAGCAGGGGCAAUGAGUCCUUCCAAAAAGGAGACUACCCCUUAGCCAUGAAACAGUACUCCGAGGCCAUCAGGAGAAACCCCAAGGACGCCAAACUGUUCAGUAACCGAGCUGCCUGCUACACAAAGCUGUUGGAGUUUCAACUUGCCCUGAAGGAUUGCGAAGAGUGCAUCAAACUUGAGCCCAGUUUCAUCAAAGGCUACACGCGUAAAGGUGCUGCCUUGGAGGCCAUGAAAGACUUCACUAAAGCUAUGGAGGUCUACCAGAAGGCUCUGGAUCUCGAAUCUAAUUCAAAGGAGGCCACAGAGGGAAUACAGCGCUGUAUGUUCAGUCAGACGUCUAUAAGGACUGACAGUCCCGAGGACGUGAAGAAGAGGGCCAUGUCUGACCCCGAGGUGCAGCAGAUUAUGAGUGACCCCGCCAUGCGCAUGAUCCUUGAGCAAAUGCAGAAGGACCCUCAGGCGCUUAGCGAACACUUAAAGAAUCCAGUGAUUGCUCAGAAGAUUCAGAAACUCAUUGAUGUCGGACUGAUAGCCAUUCGUUGAUGAUAACCAAGAGAAUCCAAGACAACGUGCAAAUCCAUUCAAAAUAUGACAUCCUCCUUUCUUGCCUUCAAAUUCAAAAUUAUAUUGUCAUUAGUCUCCCUGAGACUGUGUGUAUGGUAUGUUUUUUUUUUAAAAUCAGUUUCACUUUUUCAAUGUAUUAAAGAAAGCAUCUUGUAUGUCAUCUGGAAGACUUGUGGACUCCAGGAAACAUUAACUGAAAAAAAUCUGGAUUCAUGUGUACAGAUGCUCUAUUACAUAAAAUAAAACGGCACAAUUUAGUGCAGCAGCACACACCGUGUUUAAAGGGGAAAUGCACCCAUAAGCAGAUAAUGCUAUAUUCCUAUUGAAUCAGGGUUUAAGGAAAUAAACAAUAUAAAAAAACAAAACAAAUGAAGAUAACAAAGAAAUUGUCAACAUAAGUCAUUGUUAACUCUUGUUUUUUUAAGUUUGACUAAACAUGGUGCUUUAAAGCUGAGCGCUCAGGUUUGUUCAGCUCCUUCCUGGUUGAUCUCCUGCCGCAGGUAGAAAGUUGAAUCUAUUGGCCACUCACAUGUUUGGUAUUAUUUUUGUACCUAUCUGAAAUAUUCCAGGUUAGUUUUUCCGCCUUGCGGUCUUCGGUUGAAUGUAUUGUGUGUACAGCUAAUCAGAAUCAGAAAUAAUAAUAUCAGAAAUGUGCUUUGUGUUUCCAUGAUUUAAGAGCUUGAGGAUGUUGAAACAUAACUGGGACUGGAAUGGCAUUUCAUGAUGCCAUUAAGAGUGUAGGGAAACUGAUGAGUGAUUUUAAGAUUGAGGUUGAUACAGUAAUUAAGGCAGCCAUGUUAUUGUUUUUGUACUGUUAUACUGUUAGUCAAAAAUUAAAAUGUUGGAGGCAAAGCUCUUGUGCCAGUUGCAGUCUGCAAGAAUACUGUAGAAAGAUUGUGAUGUGUUGAUCUAGCAUAACAGUCCUCACGGUGUUGUGAUUUGGUGACCAAGUUUACCUUAGCGCAGGCAGUAAGAAGUGUGUUGAUUCAUGUUAAAGAUGCUUUUGACUGGU